AUGGUGCUCCGCGUCGACCGCGACAAGGGCUACAUCGACCUCUCCAAGCGCCGCGUCUCCGAGGAGGAGGCCGCCACCUGCGAGGACCGCUACAACAAGUCCAAGCUCGUCCACUCCAUCAUGCGCCACGCCGCCGACACCCUCGGCGUCGACCUCGAGCCCCUCUACCAGCGCAUCGGCUGGCCGCUCUACCGCAGGUACGGCCACGCCUUCGAGGCCUUCAAGCUCAUCGUCACCGACCCCGACGCCGUGCUCGACGUCCUCACCUACGAGGAGACCGUCGUCGGCCCCGAUGGCGAGGAGGUUACUAAAGUUGUGCCGGCUGUCACCCCUGAGGUUAAGGAUGCACUGGUCAGGAACAUAAGGAGGAGAAUGACACCACAGCCUCUCAAGAUUCGUGCUGAUGUUGAGAUGAAAUGCUUCCAGUUUGACGGUGUUCUCCACAUUAAGGAAGCCAUGAGGAAAGCUGAAGCUGCUGGAAAUGCUGAUUGCCCUGUGAAGAUUAAGCUAGUUGCUCCUCCGCUUUAUGUUCUGACCACACAGACACUUGACAAAGACCAGGGGAUAGCAGUUCUGACAAAUGCAACCAAAAUUUGUGCCGAGGCAAUUGAAAAGCACAAGGGGAAAUUGGUGGUGAAGGAAGCCGCUAGAGCUGUGAGCGAGAGAGACGACAAGCUGUUUGCGGACACGAUUGAGAAGCUGAAGCUAGCAGGCGAGGAGGUGGACGGCGACGACGACAGCGAGGAGGAGGACAAUGGCAUGGGAGACGUAGACUUCACAAAGGCUGGCGCUGGCGCGGACUGA